AUGAAAGUUUUAAUAUUAUUUUUUAUAUUUAGUUUCUUUCAUAUAAUAUAUGUCCUAUUUGUUUAUGCUUCUUUAAAUAUAAAGACACGUAAUGUUUUCCCAUUUGAUGUGGUAGAAAACAAUUAUCCACAUUUCCCACAAAAUAUUUCAUUUGUUGAAGAAAAUGUAGAUUAUAAAAAUUAUUGUUUCACCAUUUAUUAUAAUAAUAAGACAAAUGAACAAAAGGUGACAAAGAAUAUAACGAAAGAAAGUAUAACAAGAGUUAAUUUCAUAUCAUAUAAUACUGUUCAGGAUAUCCAGGAAAAGAAACAAUAUAAGAGAAAUAUUCGUGAACAAAAGAAAAAAAAUGAAAAAGAAAAAAAUAUGAACAAUUCAGUUAAAACAAAGCCAAAUAUUCUUAUUUGGAAAAUAAAACAAAAUAUGAAUAAAAUUUACAGCUUUUAUUAUUUAAGAAUGUUCUUUGAAAAUCAUAUAAAUUAUAAUAAUAUAUAUUUUGGACAAUAUAAUAUUUAUCCUUUUAAUAAUGAUGCGAUGUUUAUACAAAAUAUAAAUUCAAAUAAUAUAUAUUGUAAAAAUGGUUAUCAUUUUAUAUAUAAAACAAAUAAAAUAGAAAACACUAUAGAAAAUAGUCCUUGUGGUACACAUAAAAAUUUUUUUUUAGUUUAUGAAUUAUAUGAACAUCAGAUACCAAAGUAUUUGGAAAAAAUAUAUACUUUUAAGAAAAUCUUAAGAACUCCUAAGGAAAAUAUCCCAUUUAUUAAUACAUAUGAAAUAUAUAUAUCAUCAUGUGAUAAGAUUAAGGAAUGUGAUUUAUCAAAUGAAAAUUAUUGCUCUAGUUAUCAUGAAAAAAUAUAUAAUAAUAUACAUAUGAAAUAUAAUAACAUAAAUUUAUACAAAAAUAGUAAAAGAAGAAAAAAGAAAAAAAAAGGAGACAAAGAAAAUGAUUUGUUAGAUAAUAAAAAGGUUAAAAAUAAAGAGAAGUCUACAUCAGAUAAGGAACUAACAAAUUCUUUACCUUCGAGAUAUCCAUGUGUAUUUUGUAUGAAAAAAGGCAUAAAAUAUGAUAACAAAUAUAUAAAUAUAAUAUCCAAAUAUGUGAAAUAUAAACAAUUAUAUAAUGAAAAUUAUAUACACAAAAAUAAUAAAAGUAGCAUCACAACGUGCUCUUUCCCAACAAAGUAUAAAUGUACCUUUUCCACAUUAUUUAUGUACACAUCAUAUGAAAAAUAUAAUAAACCCAGUGAACAAAUUAAUAAUACACAAGGAAUAAAAAAUAUAAAUGAAAAGUUAAAGAAGAAUAAAUUUACAAAAAAGAAUAUUAAUAAAAAAGAAAAAGUCCUUUAUAUAUAUGACCAUUUAAAAAAGGAAGUUAUAAUAUAUUUAAUUGUAUCUUAUUCAAAAAAAAAAGAAUUUGAUUAUAUAAAAGAAAUAUAUGAUAAGAAUAAUACAAAUGAUGCAUAUGAAAAUUAUACAAUAAAAAGUGAGCCAGAAUUUGUCUCACCGAAAAAACAAAACAUAAAUGGUAUGAACAACAUAAGGGAGAAUAAUAAUAAUAAUAAUAUGAAACAUAUGAUUAAUAUGAAUAAGGUGAAAAAUAUGAAUGAUACGAAUUAUAAUAUCUAUAAUAACCCAAAAAAUACCCAUGGAUAUAUAUUUUACAAUAAUUAUUAUCCAUAUAACAAAGAAAUAUAUACUAAUAAGUGUCAUAUAAGUGAUCUACACAACUGUACAGAUAUUUACGAAACAAGAGAUGGUAUGUGCUAUUACCAUAAUAUAAAUAAUUCCUUUAUGUAUGAAAAAAAUGAUGAAAAAUUAGUGUGUCCUAUAAAUACAAAAUCGGAGAUAAUGAAAAACAGGAUAAUUAAUUUUGAAAUAAUUAAUGGGAACAUAAGGAAUGAACUACAUUAUAAAAAGGAUUUGUACGAAAUGGAUAUAGAAAAUGAAAAAGGAUUAUAUAGAAAAUAUAAGAAUAAUAAAAGAAGACUGGAUAUAUUGUCACCACUACAUAUGUAUAUUGAUUUAUUUUUAAAGGUUUUAAAUAAUCUUUAUUUUUGGUUAUUUGGUCGUAUAAAUAGGUACAAAACUGUUUUAUAUGAAAAAUAUAUAAAGAAAAUACAAAAGAAUAAGAAUACAUAUAUAUAUGAGAUACAAGAUAAGAUGAGUUCUCAGGUAAUGUUGGAAGAUACUUGUACGUGUAAUAAUGAUGAUAGUUAUAUGUACGAUGACAAGAUUAAUAAUAAACAGAUUGCUAGUAAUAAUAAUAAUAAUAAUAAUAAUAAAAGUAUUGCUUCACAUUGCUUAAAAAAGUGUAAUGAAGAAAAUAUAAAGAAUAAGAGAUCAGCAAAUGAUAAUAAGAAUGAAAAGAGUUAUUAUUAUUAUUAUAUUAACUACAAUAAUAGUAAUUACGUUUUUGAGGUAAGUAGUAAUUUAGGAUUACUUGGAGAUGUAUAUAUGAGUGAAGAAAUUGUAUAUCCAUUUUAUCCUAUACCUAAUGAUAUAUUAAUUAAUAAUAUGAAAAAAUAUAUAAAAGAAGGAAAAAGCUUUUCGGUUUAUGUUGAUCAAUUGAGACCAGAUAUAUUCAAUUGUAAUAAAUUUAAUAAAAUAAAAUGGGCAUUAAUAUUAUUUUUUAUUCCAGCAUGGUUAAUUAUAAAUAUAGUUUAUAUAAUAUUAGUACAGAAAAUGUGGAGACAAAUGUUAAAUCCUUUACAUCGAUUAUUAAUAUCUCCUUCAUUAAUAAGAUUAUCUUUUUAUAUACUUUUAUUAAUGUUUUGUAUGCAAUGUCCAUAUGUAAAUAAUAAUUGUGUUAAAUAUACACUUAUGGGAUAUAUGGCUUUGAAUACUAUGUUUAGUACCAUAUUUCAUGGGAAUUUACUUUUGAUUAGUAAAGGAUAUAUGAUAACAAGAGGAAAUUUUAAUAAAAAAGAAAGUUUAUAUUUAACAUUAAUUAUAAGUAUUAUAUAUAUUAUAACGUCAAUAAACCAAUUAAACAUAAUUAAUAGUACUCCUAUAUUAAUUAGUUUAUAUAUUAUUCUUUUAUUUAUAUUAGUAUAUAAUAUUUUAUCUAUUAUUAAUUUUUUGAAAUUAAAAUUAUCUUUUGUAAGAGAUGUAGGUAUAGAUGCAUGGGAAGAAUCGAUUCGUAUAAAAUUAAAUAUGUAUAAAGUAUAUCUAUCUGUAAUCAUCAUAUUCUUUUGUUUUGAAAUAAUACUACAUACAUUAAAUAUGUUAUUUAAAUCAUCAUCUGGAAAUCUAACCCUUGUUGAAUAUACAAUAGAGUUAGUUAUGUGGUGUUGUGUUUUAUAUAUUUUCAGAUACAGAGGAGAUGUACUAUAUUUCUCUUUAUUAUAUGAUAAUAUUACAUUGAAUGUUAUUCCAUUAUAUAUAGCAAAUUCAACAAAAAUAAUUGACUUUACUACUGAUAAAGACACCAAGAAAAAAGACAAACAUUUACCUUUUAAUAUACCAAUAUUUAUUCUAAAUCCAAUAGAAAAAAUUGAUCAAUAUUUUUUAUCACGAAUGUCUGUAGGUUGGCCUAUAAAUAUGACAUUACAACUGGAAAAGGUAUCCAUAUCAAAGUGA